AUGCAGCAUAGUGGUUCUUCACUACUUAGCAAAUUCAUCACAUCUAAUUCUUCUAUUACAUUUAAAGCGAUGUAUUCAAUAAAUACCUCAAUUCAACUAUCACCAAUUGAGACUAAGAUUUGUAACCUUUUGAAUGACUAUAUCCUACAUUAUAAUAAUUCUAAUAGAAAUAAAGAUCCUUUAGUGCUUAGAAUAACAGGAGGAUGGGUGCGUGAUAAAUUACUUAAUCAAUCAUCUCAUGAUUUGGAUAUUGCUAUUAAUACCAUGUCUGGUGAACAAUUCGCCACUAAUUUAAAUGAAUUUCUAGCCAUUAAUUAUUCAAAUUAUAAUAUCAAGCCUCAUACAAUCCAUAAAAUUAAUAAGAAUCCCGAAAAAUCAAAACAUUUAGAAACAACAACUACAAAAUUAUUUGAUAUUGAAGUUGAUUUUGUUAAUUUACGUUCUGAAGAAUACUCAGAUGAUUCUCGAAUCCCGGUUACAAAAUUUGGUACUCCAGAACAAGAUGCUUUGAGAAGAGAUGCAACUUUAAACGCUUUAUUUUAUAAUAUUCAAUCUAAACAAAUUGAGGAUUUUACAAAAACAGGGUUAAAAGAUUUAGAAGAUGGAAUUUUAAGAACUCCAUUGCCACCGAGGCAAACUUUUCUAGAUGAUCCAUUAAGAGUUUUGCGUUUAAUUAGAUUUGCUUCACGAUUCAAUUUUAAAAUCGAUCCAGCUACUUUGCAAGAAAUGAAUGAUAUAGAUAUUAAUAAUGCUUUCAUUUCAAAAAUUUCUAGAGAAAGAAUCGGUAUAGAAUUUGAAAAGAUUUUAAAGGGAACAAGUCCAUUAAUCGGUAUAUCCUUAAUUCAGUCUACAAAUAUUGAUAAUGUCAUAUUUUUUUGGCAAAAUGAUGAUUCAAUCAUAGAAUUCAAUAAAUUAAAUAAUCCAGAUAUCGAAAAAAUUGAUAAAAUUUAUAAAUAUGAUCAAAAGUCACGAAGUAUUUUAAAUAAUCACAUUUUGAAACUUAUAACUUUAAUACCUAUUUUUUUGCAAAGGUUUCCGGAAUGUCAAAUCAAGUUCAAUGAUUCUAAAAAUAUAUUUUUCAAAAAAUGUUUUUACUUAUCAUCGAUUUUAAUACCAAUGUCGAAUUUGAAAAUCAUCUUUAAUCCUAAGAAGAAAUUAAAUAAUACUUGUCCAUUGGUAGAAAGUAUCAUUAAAGAUGGGUUAAAGUUCCCCAAACUUGAAGCUGUGACAUCUUCUUUAAUCGUUGAGAGUUUGAAUGAAUAUCAUAAUCUUGUAUUAUAUCUAACUUCUAACAAGAGUAGCAUUAAAAGAUCAAUAAUUGGAUCCUUUUUAAGAAAACUCAAUGGAAAUUGGGAAAUUUGUCAUUUUGUAUCUGCUCUUAAUCAAAUGUUAUUAAAUCCAGAUGAUUCAGAAAUCAUAAUAGAAAAUUAUAAAGAUUUUUAUAACUUUGUUUUUAAAAAUAGCUUAGAAAAUUCUCAUAAUUUAAAGCCAUUAGUUGAUGGUAAAGAGCUUUUAAAGUUAUUUAGCCUUAAGGGUGGUCCAUGGUUAGGUAAAAUUAACGAUGAGGCAAUUAUUUGGCAAUUAGAUCAUCCGGAGGCAAAUAAAGAUGAUCUUCUAGAUCAUAUUAAACUUAUUUUGCCCGAUUAUGUAUAA